AUGACAGCCUCUGUCGUUGAACCCGCCCGGGUGCACCCCCGCCGGCGGCCGGUCUUAAGCACCGACGCUGCCCCCUCGUCCGAGGCUCCCUCCGGCCCAUCGAAGAUGCGCUUGCAAAAAGGAGAAACGUUUCACUCGCCGACAACCCCUCCUGCCGAGGACCGUGAUCCGGUUAUGAGUGUACGCUCGCUGCCUCGUCGCUCCCCAACGUCUCUGGAGGCUAUUGCCGCCAACGAACACCGGAUGACCUCGCUGCUCGGCCGUCUCAGCUUGGGGACGGAUUCGGAGGAAUCCAGCAGCAAGGAUCUCAACCGCAAAAUCGACACUGCGAUCCCGUCUGCACCCUCUGUUGAUGAGGAUGGCUCGGAUGAUGAGAAGAUGACCCAUCAAAGCCACAGCCACGAGUCCGACAGUGGACUGGGAACCUCGGUCAGCAGUGUCGAGAGUGUCUCUUCAGAUAAGAACAACGUGAAUGAAAAAGCGAAUGCCCUCACGGGCACCACAGCAGCAACUUUCGACAAGCGCCAGCUGGGAUUGAAUGCCUGCAAGCAGAUCGAGAAGUUCAUUCUGGCUCCUAUACUGAAGGAAUCUCGAUUGAAGCCAUUCCAUCCGCUGGUGCAGAGUGUACCUCAACGCAUUUUGAAUAAACAGAUUGUCUGCCUUCGCGAUUUGGAGAAAACCCUAUUGUGGUUGGCGCCGAAAUCUGCUCCUACUCGACUUUCCUAUCUCAACUUUUGCGAAUUCACCAUCCAGUGUCUUCACACUUCGGCCUCGCACCUGAACGCGCGCGACCAACGUCUUCCUGCCGACCGCCCAUACACUAACGGAUACUUUCUCGAUCUUGUUUCCCAGGUUAGACGCUACGCCGCCAUGAUUCGUGAGUCCCGCGAGCGGAUUGAAGCCGCUCAGGCGGCCAGGUCGGCCGAUGACAAGAACGAAAAGGCCACUGAGCCCACCAUGUAUGCUAUCUACCUCUCCCACCCCGACAGCUUCCUAACUGGCAAUCAUAGUACCGGAACACUCAAGCUCGAAGGUGGCUUGUCCAAGACCGGAAAGCCUGCCGAGCUGGUCCUCGUGCAGGAGGAUGGCAAACCCGUCUCGAUGCGCACUGGGGAGCCCUACGAGGCUGAUCUCACCAGCCCGGUUUUCAAGCGCAUGAUGAGUUUCGAUGAGUCGGUUGAUGAGGGUGUGCAGCGUUCUAUGGCUCGCCGCAAGAAGAAUGCCCCGCCCAUGGACAUCAACCAGAAGUGCAGUCAUUGUGACAAGGUCUUCAAGCGCCCCUGCGACCUGACCAAGCACGAGAAGACUCACUCGCGCCCGUGGAAGUGCACGCAGCCAUCUUGCAAGUACUUCCAGGUUGGCUGGCCGACCGAGAAGGAGCGCGACCGUCACAUCAAUGACAAGCACUCCAACACUCCUGCUUUGUUCACCUGCAGCUUCAAGCCCUGCACCUAUGCCUCCAAGCGUGAGAGCAACUGCAAGCAGCACAUGGAGAAGGCCCACGGCUGGGUCUACGUUCGCUCCAAGAACAAUGCCCGUGGUCAUCACGUCAAGCGCGGCUCGUCGUCCGUGCAGGCCACCCCCCAGACCCCCAGCGUGUCCACUCCGGGCUCGAAGCCAACCGACUUCUCCACCCCGACCAGUGGCCCUAGCCCAUCUCCUCUGGAGUCGAACAUGGGCUUUGCGGACAACUCCAACUUCAACUUCAACGAUCCUCCUGCGGCCCCUUGCAGUGAUGACUUCCCUCUGUUUUUGGAGAACUCGCCUUACCAUACCUCCUCUGCGGGACUGAGCAACGACGUCGACCCUUCAUUCGGGUCUUCGAUGAAUCUCGACGCUUUCCAGGCCCAGUUCGGGGCCGGCGACCCGAAUGGUCUGAUUUCGUCUCUGGAGAUGCACCGCCAGUCCAUGAACACCAUGUCUGUCCCCUCCGCGGACUCGGUUCCGGACCUGAUGGGCCCCGUGUCUUUUGAUGGCUCUCCGCUUGCCUCCACUGAGAACGCGAGCCUGAACUUUGACCUGGAGUGGAGCCAGCUGGACAUGCAAAACCUCGGCGAGGACUACACUGCGAUGCAGAUGCAGCUGCCCCCUGCCGGCAAUGCGAUGGAUGCCGUGGCCAUGAAGGCGUACACGCGCGACCUUCCUCUGAUGGGCGAUGCCACUGACUUUUCCUACAAGCUGUCUGGCCUGUCCCCCCAUGCGCAGGGCAACCCGAUGCUGUACUCUCCCCACUCGGGUCGGGUCGAGGAGAGUCUGUCGGACCACUAUGACUACACCGCGCAGCACCACCAGGUGGGCAACGACUUCACCCUGUACGAGCAGAAUGUGCAGAUGAACCCGACUGCGACCACCAACACCAUGCUGCCGACCACCACUGCCCACCAGUCUGCGGGCCAGUACAACCAGAACCACGGCAUGUUCCCUCCGCUCGAUCGUGAGCAGGCCCUGCACGGCAUCCAGACCUGGGCGGACCAGCAGCAGCAGCACGGCGCGGCCCAGGGAUCGCGCAUGCCCUCUGACAUGGACCUGGACUUUAUGGGUUAG